CAACUACAUCGUAUGAACUAGCACAUGUCGCUUAAAAUUGGUCAUAUUAUACGACGACAAUCAUUUACACUAAUUUUGGUUGAAUUGAAGAUAAUGCGAAGCUAAAUACAGUGGUCGUCGAUGAUUUACUCUCAUUAGCUAAGUCGUUAAUUGGUUGGACGGUCUUGUAUCUUUACUCUUCAAAAUGGGAUCGAAAAAAGUAGUGAUAAGUGUGGUGUGUUUAAUUUUAGUUUUAGGUAUAUCAUCUUGUUUAGCAGAUAGUGACGAUAUUGAGGAUUGUGGAUCCGAGACUGGAGAAAUAGUCAAAAUCGAGUUAGCUGGUUGUCAAGGAGAAGACCGAUGCCCAUUAAAGAGGGGAACAAACGCAUCAAUGAUGGCGACAUUUAAAUCGAAUACCAACUCUAAAACCCUUAAAACAGUCGUCAUAGGUAAAGUUGGUUUAAUUAAAUCCAAAUUUAACUUACCAAAUCCUAACGCUUGUGAGUUGGGAGUGACGUGUCCAAUAAACUCCGGAGACACCUACACCUAUACUGUCAGCCUGUUUGUAAAAAAAAACUAUCCCAGGGUAACAGUAGAUAUUGAGCUGCAUCUAAAGGACGAAAAUGACAAAGACGUGAUUUGUGCUUUAAUACCAGCUAAGAUUGUAGCCUAAGCCAGAUAAUUCCCAUAAUUCAUUGAAAUGAAAAACGAUAGAAAAUCAGAACAAAUCUCUACACCUAUUCUUAAAUCCAUUUAAACUGUUAGGACUAACACACUUCGAUAUUUUUUCGUUAAUAUAGUUUUUAACUUACAACCUUUUGUAUUAUAUAUGGUUU